AUGAACGUCGUGUGGGAUCAUUUUCGGGCUGUGAGUCCCCGUAAAGAAUGUACCGUAAUGAGUGACAACGCAGGAAAGUUACGGCAGCCACUCAUGACCACAAAUAACGAGGAUGACACUGAGGAUGAAGAGAUGGGUGGUCUUUUGCCACGCGAAGUUAUCCGGACGCAGUUCGACGAGGGUGUGGCGACACGGCGAAAGCGGCGACGCCGUAAGGAGGACGAGGACUUGGGAGAGGUAGCGAAGGUCUUUUUAGUGAAUGUGAAGCCUCUGAAGGUGCUGCAGUUCAUUGGUAGGUGGGUGGUGUCACUCUCGACCGUGGGGAACCUCCUUAGCAGUCCCAAGAGCUCAUCGCCCACCUCGCUGUCUACGCAGAUGGUCGCACACGGACACAAAGUGGAGAAUAUGGACGAUGUGUCAGAGCGUGCGCUGGCAGUGCUGGCCAUCAUCACAUUGGGCUUUUGCUGCCUGCUACUGCUUGUCGUGUACGUCCAGACGGUGUGA